CACAGCUUGAUAAUAAUUUUUGUUUUAAAAAAAAAUUGUUUUAGACAGAAAACGUGGGAGUCUCAAAUGGGAAGGAGAAGACCCGGAAAGGAAGGGCAAAAGGAAGAGAAGAGUUCAAAGGGAAGGGCAAAUUCGUAAAUAAAAACUGAAUGUCUUUGAGGAAAGAAGAGCAGUUAGUUUGAACGUGCAAGAAGCAGUCUUUCCAUUUCCAAACACACGCACAUCAAACAGGAGCCCAAAACAAAGCUUGUUAGCUUUUGCUUAUCGAUCCCACAGUCUUUUCGUUUUUUCUCAUAACAAAACCUAAUUCCUUUUUUUCCACCUGAUCGGAAUGUAUCACCGUUUUCCGUCGCUAAUGGAGCCGUUUCUCCGGAGAGUCUCGGCGCGUUGGCCUGUCAUCGUUCAGGCUGCCACGUGGACGGUUCUCCUGAUGUUUACUGUCGCCGUCGCUUCUUUCGCUCCGGAGCUGGCGUUUGUCUCGACGGUUUCGUCUUCGUGCGCCGGAGGAGAUGGGUUCGUGAAGAUUCCGACGGAUUUUCCGGGGGAGAAUGUCUGUGUUCCGUCUCAUAUGGUGAAGAGAUCCCGUUUCGACUUGUUCGUGCCUUCGAUCUUCGCGGCGGUUAUGGUUACGGCGUCGGCUUGUUUGAUCCGAUCGUGUUUUGGGACGGACAAUAUGGAAGAUGGCUUUUAACACACAAAAAAAUUAAAAAAUAUGGAUAAUGGGUAUAAUUAUUGUAAUUAAUAUUUUUUCAUAAAACUUCAUACAUUU